AUGCUGAGAGUCUUUAACCCACAGGCGUUGUCAAGUGGUCUUUAUAGCAGACUUACGAAGGAGGGAUCUGAGAAUGGACUUUUGAUUAACACUACACCGGUUGUGCGAACAGCUAGAAGACAUGCUCAAGUUAACUAUGCUGAGCUCGAUUACAAUGAUGAUAUCGAUGAAGAGUUUGUUCCUGAAGGAAGUAUUGACUUUGGUGGUUUGUCUGGGAAUAUGUUUGGGAAUAAUUCUGCGAGAUACAAUGGCAAUGGGAUGCCAGUUAAUGCUACUCAGAAGUACUCAUUACGCCCAGCACGAGGCACACCCCGCAUUCCUCAGCUUGAAAUGGAGACGAAAAUUCAAGAGUUGGCUCAUCGUGGUAAUGCUCCAGAUAUAUUGAUUCCUAUACGGCUUAACUUGGAGUAUAACAAUGGAAACUCCAAGUUAGUCGACUUCUUCAUGUGGAACUUAAAUGAAACAUUGAUUACCCCCGAACAGUUUGCUUCCAUACUAUGUACCGAUUUGGAACUACCAGCAAACUUACAUCUGGAAAUAACUGACACCAUAAGCAAGCAAAUUGAAGAAUAUAAUUACGCAUCUAGUUUGCAGUUACCUUCAACGAUGGAGUAUCACAUUAUAAUUGAUUUGUCUGUUAAUUUGAAUAAGAAACUUUAUCAAGAUAGAUUUGAAUGGGAUUUAGCACAAACGGAAAUCACUCCUGACACUUUUGCGGAUAUUGUUGUGGGUGAUUUGGGAUUGUCGUUGGAGUUUAAGCCAGCUAUACUGCACUCCCUCCAUGAAGUGUUAUUACGUUUGAAGAGAGAGAUAUGUGAAGGAUCCUACAACCAUGAGUUACAAAAGUAUCAGCAAUUAGCAGGCCUAAUUUUUGAAUGUGGCAUCCGUAUUAGAACUGAAAACAGUAUACAUAAUGGUAAUGAUCUCUGGCAACCUAUUGUUGAGAUAUUGACAGCGGAAGAAAUUGAAAAGCGUGAAAUUGAACGCGAAAGAAAUAUCAGAAGAUUGAAACGUGAGAAUAUGAGAUUAGAAAACGAUGAGGCUUCUAAUAAGAGAAGAGCGACUGCAAGACGGAGAUAUGAUGAAUUAGAGGGCUCGUGGAAAUACUAA